GACUCUUCCAGCAAGUCCACACCUCAAAGCCAACCCUCUCAAAAUAACUCCAGGUGAGACUGAGUCAGUCAGCAUCGACACAAGGUCAGCUAGGACACACUCACUCACCAGACAGUCUGUUACACUGCUUCUCUGGGUCUAAGGUUCAGAUCAUCAAGAACCACCUGGUCUCCUGAGGAGCUCCCUCAUCUCCCUCAGCCUCUUCCGUCCCCUCCUCCACCUCUAAGGCAGCAGCCAUGAACUGGUCUGCGUUGGAGUCCCUGAUCAGCGGGGUCAACAAGUACUCCACCGUGUUCGGACGCGUCUGGCUCUCCAUGGUCUUCGUCUUCCGGGUGAUGGUGUUCGUGGUCGCGGCCCAGCGAGUGUGGGGCGACGAGAGCAAGGACUUCGUCUGCAACACAGCCCAGCCGGGCUGCAACAACGUGUGCUACGACUACAUCUUCCCCAUCUCCCACAUCCGCCUGUGGGCCCUGCAGCUCAUCUUCGUCACCUGCCCGUCGCUCAUGGUGGUCGGGCACGUCAAGUAUCGCGAGCAGAAGGACAUGAAGUACACCACCUCGCACAAGGGCAGCCAUCUGUACGCCAACCCUGGGAAGAAACGCGGGGGGCUGUGGUGGACAUACCUGGCGAGUCUGGUUUUCAAGGCAGGCUUCGACACCGGCUUCCUCUACAUCCUGUACCACGUCUACGACGGCUACGACAUGCCCCGCCUGUCCAAGUGCUCCCUGGCGCCGUGCCCCAACACAGUGGACUGCUACAUAUCGCGUCCCACCGAGAAGAAGAUCUUCACCAUCUUCAUGGUGGUCUCCUCUGCUUUCUGCAUCCUAAUGUGCAUCUGCGAGAUGAUUUACCUCAUCUGCAAACGCAUCCAGAAACUCAUGAAGAGGAAGACCGAUGCAGAGAGGAGGAUGUUCGCCGACAAUCACGAGAUGACGCCGCUGGCAGCGCCCAGGUCAGAGUUCAGGUCCAAAAGCUCAAUCAGAGUGGACCCUACAUUAAUCUCUACCCAAAAUCUCAGUAACUUCAAGGAGGAGGAGAAGCCGUCUGAGAAAAAAUGAUGCACGAUAUGGCGGCGACCAUGUUGAACAGCAAAGUACUGAAGUGGCCGCUGCAAGCAGAUGCAUUCAUCAGACUCUAUGGAGAACUGCUGCUCGACACUAAAGAGAUAUCCAUCAAUUCAGGGAUUUCUGAGGCAGCGAUUUUUAAAUAUUAUCGUGUCUGCAGGAACGCACACUUUAUGCAUGCAAAUUAACCCCUCAAAAGGAGGAUUACAGAGGAAGCUAAAGGGUUUAGAAUAUUUUGUGUGUGUGUGUGAGAUGAGUGUGUUCAUGUCUGUAUUUGUGUUUUUUGUGUAUGUAUUGUUGGCCACAGUUACAGUAUGUUUAAGCUGUUAUAUGAGGUACUUUUGUACUCUUGUGUGUGUAUAAAAGUAUAAAAUGUUGUAAGACCCCUGAGCGAACCAUUUCCCUGAAGACACGCACACACACUGCCCCCUAAUGAAUAAAACAAGAUAAACGCACUUCCUUUAGGGGUGACGCAGUAAUCGGCAGAGAUCGCUUGAGGCGUUUUUGUUCUCAGAUAUGCAAUAUGAAGAAAAUACUCUUUAUUGUUCAAGAGUUAGUUGAACUCCUCUUGACAUUUUGUGUUCUCAUGCUAUUAAAUCAGCUUAGUGAAGGUAUGAUACAUGUAUGAACACAUGAAAAAUGAUACAAAAGAUGUUUUUAUACCCACAAAUUUGGUUAUUUUUUAGAAAAAUAAUGAAGACUCCAGAUAAUCUAUUUUUUUUGUAUUUAUUGUUGUG